AUGGGAAUCAUAGAAAAACAGGUCCCAACAAACACAUCCCUGCUGGUGACACUCUCGCCGGCCACAGGGCAGGCGAACGCCAGUUUCGCGCAGCUGACAGCGGUUGUCUUUGCGCUUAGUAAUGGGACGGCGCUGGCGCCGUCUGCGGGGUCAGUGUCAUUCUCCCGGGACGGCGCCAGUUUUGGCAGCGCACGACUCACCCCUGUCAACUCCUCAUCCACCCCGGGCACCUAUGCAGGCAGGCUUCCGUUUGCCAUGACUGCGAAGCCGGGGAAGCACGAUGUAAACGUGCCGGACCCUUUUGGGAAAAGCGGGGGGUCAGAGGAGUCCCUGGGGGUGAAAAUUCUGGAUGCUGCAGAUGCCAAUACAGCCCCGGACGACUUCAAAAACAUUGCUCAGGACCCUCAAUUUUCAAAGGGCACUGGCAGUUGGAGUACCCAGGGGAAUUCGGCGGUGUCAGCAUACAGCACUGGGGGCUCGGGAGGCAACGCCGCUGUGCGGCUGGGGCAGGGUGGAUACGUGUGGCAGGCGCUGUGGUCAGGGAUUAACCCAAAUACGGCGUAUGCGGUAAGCGCGCGGGCAUGGGUGGAUGACGGCUACGGUCUAGCAGGCGUUACCUUUUUCACGGGAGCCGGCGUGAAGCUUGCGGCAGCUGGCACGCGCGUGUCUGCGACGGCGUCCGGCGUCGUGACUCGUGGUGUUUUUGUCGCGCCCCCUGGCGCAUACUUUGCCGCCCUCUGGGCCGGCAAAUGGACCGGCGGCGGCCAGUUGCAGGUGUCAGAGCUGCAGUUUGGCCCGCUGCAGAGCGGAGCCCUGAGCGUGGACUGCUCGGUGACGUGGCGCCAGCUGUCGGCCAGCGGCCCUGGCAUCAACACCAACUACCUCAUGGACAUCUCCCCUGAGUGGCGCAACCCCGGGGGGCCAACCUUCCAGGAGGCUUUGAAGGCGAUGGGGACAAGAUCAUUGCGCUAUCCUGGGGGAGAGGAAGCGAACAGUUACCAGUGGGCACCACCACCGUACGGACCCACAACCAAACCGAAGCCCAUACUGACCACGACUUACGGGUUCCCCGGCGGCGAUUUUUUGUUCUACAAUGACUGGACCCGCACCUUCCAGGGGUCCGUGAUGAAUUUUGACGAAUUCAUGGAGGUGGCGGCGGUGCUCAAUGUGACUGACCCUUACGUAAUCCUCAACCACGACAGCGUGAAUGUGGACGGCCGGUACGCCGACCCGGCCUGGGGAUACACCCAACUCAAGGCUGCCGCCGUGGCAUGGCUGCAGUACAUUGUGCGCAUGGGAUACCCGGUGCGCCACUUUGAGCUGAGCAAUGAGUCGUGGAAGACCAAUCAGGCGGCGCAGUAUGCUUGGGCGCUGCUGGACUGGGCGCCUGCCCUAAGGGCAGCCCACCCGGGCGCGCUCAUCGGCGCCAACGGCCCGGCCGGCAAAACAGAGGUCGGCGACCGGGACAGCGGCGUCGCCUGGUGGCCGCAGGUGCUGGGCGCAGCCAGCUCAUCGAUAGACUUUCUGGCGGCGCAUCCUUACCCGGUGUACGGCUGGGAUUACUCAGACUAUCUGUCAGGGAAUUAUCCCAACCUGCAGCAGGGGGUCAUCGAAGCAGACAUAGCCAUCCAGAGCUUCGCGGCCCCUGCAGACAGGGAGCGAAUCCGAAUCGCCGUCACAGAAACAGGGGUUGUCGACUGGAACACAAAGUGGUCAAACUCCCAGGCGGACCUGGGCCAUGCAUUAGUCGCGUUUGACAUAAUGGCCAACGCGCUUAGUCACCCGCGCGUUGAUGUGGCGCAAUUCUGGACGACCAGGUGGCGCUUCGGCGGCUUCGCUCCAACCAAUAACCCCGGAUCUGUGGCAGACGCCCUCAACGAGGACAACUCAUUGACAGCUCUGGGGACGGCGCUGUCUCUGGUGGGCCGGUACUUCGCCGGCGGCCGGCUGCUGCAGAGCGGCUCGUCCAACAUAGUGCGCACGUGGGCGGUCGUGCCUCCUGGAAGCAGCCUCACCAUCAUUCUGCUCAACAAAGCACUGACCGCCACGCAGCAGGAAGUUUCUCUGCUCGGUGGGUGUUUCAACAGCAGCAGCAGCAGCGCGCCAAAUCUGGCGCCAACCGAGGCAUGGCUGUUCAAUGGUACAUCUCCCACGGACCCGGCCCCCGUCCUAAACAGGAUCCAGGACCCCAGCCAAUUAGUCACCGCCAGCAACGGGCGACUAAUCUUCGCGCUGCCGCCGCUGUCCAUCACUGCAGUGACUUUCUAG